GCCGGAAAUAUAGAGGAAGAAGAAGAAGAAGAGUAGGAAGAAGAAGACGAAAAAGAAGAGUGAAAACAUGGCAGGCAGUAGUUCGAAGUCGGUUUUAUUCGUUUGCCUUGGGAACAUUUGCAGAUCCCCCAUCGCUGAAGCAGUCUUCAGGAAGAUGGCAACAGAAGCUGGCGUUGUUGAUAAGUGGAGGAUAGACAGUGCUGCCACCUCCACCUAUGAGAUAGGAAACCCUCCAGACCACCGCGGCCAAGCCUGCAUGAAGAGGCACAGUGUGCCAAUGAGGCAUGAGGCCAGGCAGGUGACCAAGGACGAUUUCAUGAGCUUUGAGUACAUUCUCUGCAUGGACGAGAGCAAUUUGAGCGAGUUGAAUAGGAAAGCAAAGUCUGUGAAAAACUACCAAGCAAAGAUCGAGCUUCUUGGUUCAUAUGAUCCUCAGAAGCAGCGGAUCAUCCAAGACCCAUAUUAUGGAAGUGACGAAGACUUUGGAAAGGUGUACGAACAGUGUGUACGCUGCUGCAAAGCCUUUCUGGAGGCAAACUCCUAACAACAAAGGAAACAGUCCUUCCUAAAAUCUAUAGGAUAAACCCUGAAUAAUCAACCCAAACAAUGUUUUGGCCGUGUCACACAAGCACUCAUCACUAUCACCCUGUUGUGGAUGUCGCUGAAAGGACUGUGUGUCUUUGUGUCAUUUCUCCGUGGACGAGUUUGUAGACUUAAUGAAAUAAAAGAAGUAAGUUCAUCUUUA